GCUGCGCGCAGUGGCGGCUCGCGAGUCUCCCCGCGGCUCCUGACGCGGCGCAGUUCCCCGGCCCGAGCGGCCCGCGGACGCAGUCUUGAGCGCCUCCCGCCGCGGCGCAGCGCCCGCGCGGCUCGGGCUCCGGCGGUGGCGCGGCACAUGCCCCCGAGCGCGGGGCGCGCAGGUGGACCGGCGGCCGCGGGGAUUUAGGCCCCCGGGGACGGCGGCGGCGGAGGGACCAUGGCCCGGAGACCCGGGGCGCCUGCAGCCUACGGGGAGGAGUUCUCCUUCGUCAGCCCGCUGGUGAAAUACCUGCUGUUCUUUUUCAACAUGCUUUUUUGGGUGAUCUCCAUGGUGAUGGUGGCUGUGGGCGUCUACGCGAGGCUGAUGAAACACACAGAAGCUACCCUGGCCUGCCUGGCCUGCCUGGCAGUGGACCCGGCCAUCCUGCUGAUUGUGGUGGGCAUCCUCAUGUUCCUGCUCACCUUCUGCGGCUGCAUCGGCUCCCUGCGUGAGAACAUCUGCCUUCUGCAGACAUUCUCCUUCUGCCUCACUGUCGCGUUCCUGCUCCAGCUUGCCGUUGGCAUCCUGGGCUUUGUCUUCUCUGACCAGACUCGGGGGAAAGUGAGUGAGAUCAUCGAUAACGCCAUUGUACACUAUCGAGAUGAUUUGGACCUGCAGAACCUCAUUGAUUUUGGCCAGAAGAAGUUCAGCUGCUGCGGAGGGAUUUCCUACAAGGACUGGUCCCAGAACAUGUACUUCAACUGCUCAGAAGACAACCCCAGCCGUGAGCGCUGCUCGGUGCCUUACUCCUGCUGCCUGCCCACCCCAGACCAGGCAGUAAUCAACACCAUGUGUGGCCAAGGGAUGCAAGCCCUUGACUACUCGGAAGCAAGUAAAGUCAUCUACACCAAUGGCUGCAUUGACAAGCUGGUCAACUGGAUCCACAGCAACCUCUUCCUACUGGGCGGCGUGGCCCUUGGCCUGGCCAUCCCCCAGCUGGUGGGAAUCUUGCUGUCCCAGAUCCUGGUGAACCAAAUCAAAGACCAGAUCAAACUGCAGCUCUACAACCAGCAGCACCAGGCAGACCCAUGGUACUGAGCUGCCACACAGCAUUCCCUCCCCGCACCCCCCCCCCCCCGCAGCCUGGCAAGGGCAGAGCAGUGGGUCCAGCUCCUCCAGCCCCCCUGCCAGGCUCCAGAAGGGCAGAAAGAAGACAGGGCUAGAGAGGUGACUCCAGUCUGUGGGGGAUGUACCUCCUCUCCCACAACACUGUGAAGAGAGAUCUCUAACCUCAUGCAUUGGUGGGAGGGGAGGGAGUUCUAUGUUGCCUCUGGGCAGGGAUGUUUGGGAAACAGAAGAUGCACUGAGCAGUGGCUGAGCUGUCGCUUUGCACGAGGCUCUGCACCUGAGCUUGACCACCUGCUGCCAGCAAGCCCUAGAUUGGAGAGUGGGCACCAACAACCCAGCCUGGAGUCCAGCUGGCAGGGAACCAGCCCUCAAAGGAGAAGGAGGGAACAGUACAAGCAGGGAACUUGAGGGUUGACUGGGGACAGCCUUGGGUGUGCUGGGGAAAGAGUGGAAGGGCCAUGUUUACUAAAUGCCUGCCCGCCUCCCAGGUGGUGAGAGUGAGCUACAUCCUGCCCUGCCCUAGUAGCCAUGGAAAUGGCCAAGGGGACAACAACAGCCAAAUCCAGCCCCCUGUCCUCCCUUGGGAGGUGGGGGGACCCUAGAGGCCUGAGGCCUGGUCUGGGUAUUCUGCAGCCAGCAGAGGUGGGACAGAGCCCCACUGCGCUUGAAUGUUUCUGGCCUUCCCUCUUCAGCAAGUGGGAAUCCUCUCACCUUGGCAGUUCACAGAGGAGCCGAGGACCCCUUCCCUACACCCCUAGUCCCCUUGCCCCAGAGCUCAUUAUUUCUACCGUGUAAGAAGCAUGGAUCUAACUGAGGCCAGGGGAAUCAGAAAAAGGCAAUAAAAGUUUGCUGACCUGGG